AAACGUGUGCUCUCCUCAGUCUUUCCUCUGAGGUGACGGAGCAGAGCAGACACGAGCUGCUGCUGCUGCACAGAUUUCACUAACUAUGGUGCUGUUGCACGUGUUGUAUGAGCAUGCGUCCGGCUACGCGCUGUUCGCAGUCAAAGAGGUGGAGGAGAUCGGCAUGCUGCUGCCUCAGGUGGAGGAGAGCGUGCUGAGCAUUGGAAAGUUCAACAGCAUGGUGAGCCUGGCUGCCUUCUUCCCCUUCAAGUCGGCCCAGGCUGCUCUGGAGAACAUGAACGCCAUUUCUGAAGGUGUGGUUCACGCUGACCUGAAGUUGUUCCUAGAGACAAAUCUGCCCCUCUCUGGGAAGAAGAAAGCCACAUUGGGGGUUUCAGAUGCCAAGAUUGGAGCAGCUUUACAAGAAGAAUUCACUGUUUCCAUCCAGACUGGAGGGGUGGUGGCAGAGAUAGCCAGAGGUGUGCGUCUGCACUUCCACUCCCUAGUGAAGGGUCUGACUGCCCUGGCCGCUUCCAAGGCACAGCUGGGUCUGGGCCACAGCUACUCCAGAGCUAAAGUCAAGUUCAACGUCAACAGAGUCGACAACAUGAUCAUCCAGUCCAUCGCUCUGUUGGAUCAGCUGGACAAAGACAUCAACACUUUCUCCAUGCGUGUCCGUGAGUGGUAUGGCUACCACUUCCCAGAGCUGAUAAGGAUCGUGUCAGACAACUCAAUGUACUGCCGCAUGGCUCAGCUCAUCGGAAACAGGAAGGAGUUGUCGGAGGAGAGUCUGGAGAGUCUAGAGGAAGUGGUGAUGGAUGCCGGCAAGGCUCAGGCCAUCCUGGAAGCAUCCCGUUCCUCCAUGGGUAUGGACAUCUCUCCCAUCGACCUGAUCAACAUAGAGAGAUUCUCUAAUCGUGUAGUGUCUCUGGCGGAAUAUCGGCUGGAGCUGCAGGAGUACCUGCGCUCCAAAAUGAGCCAGGUGGCUCCAAAUCUAGCAGCCUUAAUUGGAGAAGUGGUGGGAGCUCGUCUGAUCUCUCACGCUGGCAGUCUGACCAACCUGGCCAAGUACCCGGCCUCCACCGUCCAGAUCCUGGGAGCAGAGAAGGCCCUGUUCAGAGCCCUAAAGACUAAAGGCAACACCCCCAAGUACGGGCUCAUCUUCCACUCCACCUUCAUCGGACGCGCCGCUGCCAAGAACAAAGGCCGCAUCUCCAGAUACCUGGCCAACAAGUGCACCAUCGCCUCACGUAUCGACUGUUUCUCUGAGGUACCUACAAGUGUGUAUGGUGACAAGCUGCGUGAACAGGUGGAAGAGCGCUUGUCUUUCUACGAGACGGGCGAUGUGCCACGGAAGAAUGUGGAUGUCAUGAAAGAGGCGGUGAAAGAGGCCACUGAUGUCGCAACCGAGAUCAAGCGGAAAAUGGAGAAGAAGGAAAAGAAACGCAGGAAGCGUGAAAAGAAGUUACAAGACGGUGACACCAACGGUGAAACUGAGGCCGAGAACGGAGAAGCAGACACCCCUGUGGUGAAAAAGAAGCAAGCAGAUGAGGAGAUGGAGGUCGAGGCGGAGAGCCCUGCUGCAGAGAACGGAGCAGGGGACACCCCAGCGAAGAAGAAAAAGAAGCGAAAAUCUGAGGAGAUUGCGGUCCAGGCAGAGGAGGCUGCUGCCAGCGAUAAUGCAGCAGAGGAAACAGACACUCCUGCCAAGAAGAAAAAGAAACGAAAGACUGAGACCAUUGAGCCAGAGCCAGCAGAAGAGACCCCAGAAACACCGGUGUCUGAGAAGAAAAAGAAAAAGAAGAAAAAAGAGGCAGCAGAGUAAAGAAUGUGGUCAAAGAAUGAAUCUUUAUAUACGUGUACAGUUUAUUUUUUAUUCAUUUUACUCUUUGAUCUGAAGCUAGAUUAUGUACGCAGCUUUAUGUUCUGUCUUUUUUUGGCAACCUCAAAGUAGGUUUCAGUGCAAUUAAAUGCUUAGAACUGUGCCUUGAAGUCAGUGACAUUUACUUGUACUUCUGUAAAUAACUUUAUCCAUUAAAAUGUUUUCAAAAACA